GAGCCGGCGGGUCGUCUGUGGUUGGAAACUAAACAAGCGUACCAGGUGCCAUCUUGUGGCGCAGCCUACACGGCAGCCCCCAGUGGGCCUCAGCCUGAGCGCCCCACCAGCCUCAGUGGCCAUGUCGGCGGACGGGGGCGGGGACGCGUCGUCGGCGUCGGCCAUGUUCGAGGAGACGAGCGUGGACGACCCCGACUGGGUGCCGUAUUCCGACCGGGACGAGUGGCGGGACGUGACGCCGCUGCCGCAGGACGACGGGCCGCACCCGGUGGUGCGCAUCCUCUACUCGGAGCGCUUCUCCGACGUGCACGACUACUUCCGCGCCGUGCUGCGCUCGGGCGAGGUGUCCGGCCGCGCGCUGCGGCUGACGUCGGCGGCGCUGGAGCUGAACGCCGCCAACUACACCGUCUGGCACCACCGGCGCCACCUGCUGCUGGAGCUCGGCUGCCCGCUGCAGCCCGAGCUGGACUUCAUCCGGCGCAUGAUCGAGGACCACCCCAAGAACUACCAGGUGUGGCACCACCGGCGCGUGCUGGUGGAGCGGCGCGGCCGGCCGGGCGACGAGCGCCGCCUGACCAGCUCGUGCUUGGCGCAGGACCCCAAGAACUUCCACGCCUGGCAGUACCGCCAGUGGGCCGUGCGGCGCUUCGACCUGUUCGACGGCGAGCUGGAGUUCGCCGAGCGGCUCAUCGACGAGGACGUGCGCAACAACUCGGCCUGGAACCAGCGCUACUUCGUCGUCAACAACACGACCGGCUUCACGGCCGAGGCGGUGGCGCGCGAGGUCGCCUUCUGCCUGGCCGCUCUGCGCAAGGUCAAGAACAACGAGUCGGCCUGGAACUACCUGCGCGGCGUGCUGUUCCACGCGCCGGAGGGGCUGGCCGGCGCGUCGGACGUGACCGAGUUCUGCGACGGUCUCGUAGCGGCCGGCUGCCGCGCGCCGCAGCUGCUGCUGGCCGCCGAGCACGACACGAUACGGGAGCAGUACUGGCUGUACCGGCGGCGCGCGCUCGCCAGCAAACACGGCGUCGAGUAG